AGACUGGCCCAAAACUUGUACACGGAGGAUGGAUAAUUUGUUAACCUUGGGAAAUCCGACCCGGAAUGACCUGGCCAAGUACAUAAACCCUUGAAGUUUGAACUUCAAACCCAGAAACCGAAGAAAGGAAAGGAAAUGGCGGAAGACACAUUGUAUCUUCAACUGCACAAGCUUUCAGCAGUAAACUCAGAGGAAAUACUUGACCAAAUUCUAACAACUCUCUGGAAAACCCGAAGAUCCGGUCUUCGCCCGCCCGACAAGUCUCGGAUUCAGUCUUUCCUCUCUCUCCCUUCCCUCCCCGAACUCGACCCCGUAUUGGCAUGUCUACGUUCGCUAAUCAGGAAAUGUGUGCAUGAAAAUUUCAAUGGCGAUGAUCUUCUGAAGCUGUUUCCACCUGAUUUGCCACUUGAUUUGCAAAGCACUCUAAUUCUGUUGUUUCAGAAAUAUCAAAGUCAGUGGAAGGAAGAAAUAUCGAAAGAACAGCAUCCACUGCAAAGGACCAGUCUUUCCUAUCAGGUAAAAGCAAGCGCACCGUCAUCUUUCGCACCAUUGUCAUCUUCUGAUAUUCCAACAUCCUUGUGGCCUCGUCAAGAUGAUCCCAUUACCCGCAUUAAUCUCAGUGAUUUUGGGGCUUCUACACCAAUCAUUGCUGAUGCUGCUGGGUCAAAUGUGGCUCCCUUGUCAAUACAACAGGAUGAUGGUCCUCCAGACAAUCUGGAAGUUCUACCCCGCCUUAAAUCAAUGACAUGGACCAUGGAGAAUCUCAACUCAGCACCAGCUAAUAGAGUGGCUAUUAUUCAUCUUAAGCUCCAAGAUUACACCAAGUCUGCUUCAGGAGAGAUGGAAGUGAAGUUUCAGCUGACUAAAGACACACUGGAAGCUAUAUUGAGAUCAAUGACUUAUAUCAGUGAACAACUCUCAAGGAUGGUAAGAAUGCCUUUCUGUACCUUGAUAUGGAACUUAAGGUCACCAAGAAGAGUUUAGAGAUUUAGGAACUCCAGUUUUGGGUGUUUAAUGCGUGCCUCAAGUGCCAUUGAAUGCUACUUGUCAUGUUUAUGGUUUUAAAACCUUUUAGCUAGCCCCACUUCACUAGUUUACCACCCAAGCAUAGAAAUGAUUGUAUUUGGAAAAUAUGUCUUGAAUUUUUGUUCAUUUUACUCUCUUAAUAACUGUGUUAUUUGUGUAUUCUUGAGAAAAUGGUAUACCUAGUGUGUUUAUUUGUC